AUGCAUGUCCGGUUCACGCUCUGUAUCUUACACUUCUGCAACUACAUUGCCUCUAGUUGUAGACUGACCGGCAGUGAGCUGACCCCAGACAUGUUGUUGGAUGGGAAUAUAAUAAUCGGGGCAGUGAUGAACGUUCAUAUGGACAAAGUCUACCCAAACAUAGAUUACAAGGAAAAGCCUGGUCCUGUCAUCUGUACAACGCUUAUGUUAGACACCUAUCAGCGUGCCCAAGCUGUGCAUUUCACCGUGGUGGAAAUUAACAAAAAAAACAAUCUUUUGCCAAAUAUCACCUUGGGAUUCCAGCUAUUUGACUCUUGUACAGUCCUCCCAAGAGCAGUGUCACAAAUUCUACAGAUGUUGAGUGGACAUGGAAAACCUCUUCCUAACUAUCGAUGUAACCAGGAGACCCGGUUGGCUGCAGUAAUCGGCCAUUCUUCAUCUACAUACUCCAUUUUACUGGCUCAUAUACUGGGGCUAUACAGGUAUCUACAAAUCAGUCACUUUUCCACAAGUUCUCUUCUCAGUGACCGUAUCCAGUUUCCAUCAUUCUUUAGAACAGUCCCCAGUGACGCCUUCCAGUCUCAAGGUCUUGCACAGCUGGUGUUGCACUUUGGAUGGACCUGGAUUGGUCUAGUAGCUACGGAUGAUGAUUACGGGCAGCAAGGUAUCUAUUCAGUCAAGAGGGAUAUAAUAAAAGCUGGAGCUUGUGUGGCUUUCUCAGAGACCAUAAUCUACAGUCAGGAGGAUUUAAAUGCCCCACAUAUUGCUCGGGUGGCUAAAGACUCAACAGCCACAGCGGUGGUCAUCUUCUCUCCUGAUAUAGACUUAAGCUUUGUACUAGAUGAGAUGCUGAGGCAGAACGUCACAGGAAAAGUAUGGAUUGCCAGUGAAGCUUGGUCUACGUCAUCUUUCUUGUCAGUGAAUAAAUACUCAAGAAUUCUUCUUGGAACAAUUGGUUUUACCCUUCCUAGUGGAAGCAUGCCAGGGUUUGGAGAUUUCCUCAACAGGAUCAAUCCAUCUAUGGUCGUAGGGAACCGUCAAAUAAAAUUAUUCUGGGAACAAGUUUUUGGUUGCACAUUCCAAGACCAUACAUCUACAAAAGACCUUUUAAAUUCAUCGGUAAAAAAAUGUACGGGCCAAGAAAGUCUUGAGAACAUCCAAAACAAUUUCAAUGAUGUCUCUAGUCUGAGGGCAACAUAUAAUGUCUAUUUAGCAGUUCAUGCCAUUGCAAAAGCUCUGGACAAUAUGGAUAAAUGCAAAAAGGGAGAUGGACCAUUUCCCAAUGGAUCAUGUGCUGAUAUUGAGAAUUUUAAGCCUUGGCAGUUGUUGCACUACAUAAAGAAGUUACAUCUGAACAUGUUGGAUGGUAGACAACUCUUUUUCGAUGAGAACGGAGAUCCCCCUGCUGUGUACGAUAUAGUAAACUGGCAGCUGAACCCUGAAGGACAAAUCCAACAAGUCACAGUGGGCAGUUAUGAUACCAGUAGAACCAGCGGGAACGUCUUUAAUAUUAAUUCCAGCCAUGUACAAUGGGGAACUGGACAUCAUGGGGGUCAAAAGUUUGAAGAUCCAGAGCAGGCAACAUUACUGGUCAUAGGAAAGCAAUAUUUUAGGAUUAGGAGAUUGCCAUAUGAUUUUCCUUUCCUUACCUGUAAAUUCAUCAAACAUAUUCUUUUCUUAAAAAACUCUUCCCAGGUACCUGUUUCAGUCUGCAGCCCCAGUUGUCCACCAGGCUUCAGGAAAGCAGCCAGAAAAGGCCAACCUCUAUGUUGUGCCCAAUGCAUUCCAUGUCCAUCUGCAGAGAUAUCCAACUACACCGAUUCGCUACAAUGUACAAAAUGCCCAUGGGAUAUGUGGCCAAAUCCAACCCAAGAUCAUUGUGUUCCAAAGACUCAAGAAUUCCUUUCACAUGAAGAUCAACUGGGCAUCACCUUAACAACUACUGGCAUCUCCUCAUCGUUGGUUCCUGUUGCCAUCUUUGGACUUUUUAUUUACUACAGAACAACCCCCAUUGUUCGGGCCAAUAACUACUCCUUGAGUUGUCUUCUCCUGUUGUCACUAUCUCUCUGUUUUCUUUGCUCUUUAGUCUUUAUUGGCUAUCCCCAGUAUGAGAUAUGUCUUUUAAGACAAGUGACUUUUGGUGUUGUAUUUGCACUUUGUGUCUCCUGCAUCUUGGCCAAAACCAUUAUGGUAGUCAUCGCUUUUAAUGCCACAAGGCCUGGGAGUCAACUGAGGAAAUGGACUAGACCACAUGUAUCAUAUCUCAUAGUCAUCUCCUGUAUCCUUAUUCAGAUAUUUCUUUGUAUUAUGUGGCUGACAUUCUCUCCUCCCUUCCUAGAAGUCAAAUCAGAAAGUAAUUCUGGAGUACUAAUCAUUCAGUGUAAUGAAGGGUCACCAUUGGCUUUUUGGUCUAUGCUUGGCUACCUCGGUCUCCUGGCCUUCAUUAGCUUCAUUGUAGCUUUCUUGGCCAGGAGACUUCCCGACAGCUUCAAUGAGGCCAAGUUUAUCACCUUCAGCAUGCUGGCCUUCCUGAGCGUCUGGUUGUCCUACAUUCCAGCAUCUCUCAGUUCGCAAGGAAAAUAUAUGGUGGCCAUGGAGAUCUUUGCUAUCCAAUCGUCAACCUGGGGUCUGGUUAUUUGUAUGUUCUUUCCAAAAUGUUUUAUUAUUCUAUUCAAACCCGACAUGAACUCAAGGGAAAAACUGAUGACAAAACAAAAAAACCUGAGUGAUUGA